AUGCUAAACUUAAUCAAGCGCCCUUUCAACGUCAAGGAAGAUAGCGCCUGUUGUCUUCUUACGCUUAAAAGCUUGAGUGGUUGGCCCAUUCAGUUAAGCGGGGAAGCUGCUGGACCGUUGAGUGUUCUUGCCCGUAGCAGCGAUCGCCGUCUUCCAUCGAAUCGGAAAGGCGCCAAGGAGCUUGGAGCAUCGAAGAUUCUACUAGGCGAAGAUUCUACUAGUCGGUACAGAGACUGCCCCCCUGCUGAUAUGCUCGCUAACGUUAAACUAGCAUCCGAGGGCCGCUCGGAUAAGACGUCGACUUUGGCAGUUACUGAACCAUCGACUACUGAAUCUUCGCUUACUUAUUCUACCCGCCUUCCAAAGAAUCAUACGCUCAAUUUUUCCAGAAAUACCACCUCGAAGGGAACCGCUUCAUUGACUUGCUCCUCUACCGGGACUUGCACCACCUCAACGACUAAUAACACUUGCAUCGCGGUGGUAGUCGGAAGGGGAUUGGCUUGCGAAGUAGGAAUGGCUGUAAUGGAUCUUCAUUCGCCGGAGUUGAUCCUUCUUCAAUUUUCGGAUAACCAAACUUUUGUCAAAACGCUUACUACGCUCGAGUUUUAUGAACCUUCAGAUUUGCUAAUGCCAAGCACUGCAUGCGAUGCGACCAAAAUAUCUAGCAUCUACCGGAUUGAAUACCUUCAAACUAUCAAUUCUCGACUUGACUGCGUUAGCGAGUUUAUUGAAAAGAAGCCUCUUCUUUUUGGUGUACAGAAAGUUUUAGAGAAGUUUGUGGAUCUAGACCGACUCCUCUCCUCAUUAAUACAAGUUCCGCGCGUCGAAGAUCUCAAUGUAGCGGAAUCCUUAAUAACGAAUAUACUCGCCCUCAAGCAUGUACUGGAACUAGUUAGGCCUUUACGUGAAUCGCUUGAGCCUGCAACGUCUUCUUUACUGCAUGCCUAUUGGGAAUCGCUAGAUGAUUACCGUUUUCAGGACAUAAAGAACUUAAUAGGAGAAGUUGUCAACGACGACUCACAGUAUACACAGGGAUUUGUUAAUAUGAGAGCUCAAAAGUGUUUUGCUAUUAGGAAAGGAAAAAACGGACUUCUAGAUGUUGCAAGACAAACGUACACCGAAUCCCUUCAAGAUGUACAGGAUUUGGCUAGCGAGUAUGAAAAAAAAUAUGAGCUUCCUUUUAAAGUUUCCUUUGCCAAGUCCAAAGGCUUUUAUCUAUUUCUUAUUAUUCUUAUUUUAGUCAAAAGAAUUAUCGAUAUAAUAAUUUUAAUUACUUUUUUGGUAUUAUAA